UUUUGUCCGCCUUUCAUCUUUAAGGAAUAUAGAAGAUUGUUCAAGUACGAAUUUUCCAGAAUUUAUUUUCAUUUAUAAAUUCAAAUUAUUCUUCCCUUUCCUUGAAAAGAAUAAAAUUUGAAAAAACACCGAUCAUUCAACCUUUUUUUCUUGAAGUUCAUUGAAGUAUAGUUAGGAAAAAUGUUGAUAUCAAAGCUUAUUCUAACGUGGUGUUAUCUAACCACGUCGGCUCUAGCCUUGCCUAUAUCUCCUGGUGGAGAUAACAAGGAUGAUGAUACCAGUGUAUCUUCUACCCCUUUUGGCAAUGGUAAUCCAGAGGACAAUGGUCAUGGUAACGAAGAUUCUGCUUCUACCUCACCCAUUGUUGUUUCUGUCGAAUCAUCCGACGUUGUUCCAACAUCAUUUCCCACCUCCUCCACCGAAAUUGUGCCAACUCAGGCUACUUCCUCCACUGAAGUUGUUCUUUCAUCUGUUGCAUCUUCUUCUGAUGUUCCAAUCUUUACCCCAUCAGAAGUUGCUCUUUCUUCAACAGAACCCUCUGCUGAUGUUGCUGCAUCUUCCAUUGUUGUUGCCUCUAGUGCUCCUACCACUUCCUCAACUAGUGAAAGUCAAGCUGUCAUCUCUUCUGAAGUUGUUCCCGCUCCAGUUGAAUCUUCCUCGGAAGUUACAGCUGCCCCCUCUUCUGAAGUAGCUCCCCCUCCAGCUGACUCGACUUCAAUUAUCAUUCCUACAUCAUCUGCAGCUCCACCUAUUCCUGAUACUUCAUCUUCGGAUACAAUCAUUGUGGUUUCAUCAUCUGCAGCUCCACCUAUAGUUGAUACUUCAUCUGCAGCUCCACCUAUUCCUGAUACUUCCUCUGCAGCUCCACCUAUAGCUGAUACUUCAUCUUCGGAUACAAUCAUUGUUGUUUCAUCAUCUGCAGCUUCACCUAUAGCUGAUACUUCAUCUGCAGCUCCAUCUAUUCUUGAUACUUCAUCUGCAGCUCCACUUGUGGUUGCCACAUCCGUUGCUGAUACAUUGUCUAUAGAUACCCUUGAUACAUAUGUAGCAGCUAUCACUUCAUCCUCCACAUAUCUUGCCGUUCAACCAUUAGCUGCACAGUAG